AUGAAGAUCGGGGAUACCUACUACUCGGCUGAAUCUGCAGGUGGCAUCUACGUUCGAGCUGCAUCUUCACUCGAAGGCCUUGGAGCGUCCGAUGUUCGACGCGAGCUAGUCUGGUCCGACACGAAAAACCUGGGCGCUAUCUGGGCCCCCGAGAUCACAACUGAUCUCGGCCGGACCUACAUCCACUUCUCUGCCGGAGUAGACGCUGCCCAUCGCAUGUACGUGAUUAGUGCCGACUCGCCUCUUGGGGAGUACUCGGUCGAGACGAAGCUUGCCCUUCCAGAUGACCAAUGGGCUAUCGACGGAACCUUCUUCGUUUUUGAAGGCCUCGGAUACUUCGUUUGGUCCGGCUGGAAGAGCGAGGCGGAGAACUCAGAACAGAACCUGUACAUCUGCCGCAUGGACAGUCCUUCUCAGCCCAUCGGCCAGCGGUACAUCAUCUCGCAACCAAGAGAGUCCUGGGAGCAGGGCGACAGCCCACUCAUCAAUGAAGGCCCCGAGGCAAUUGUUGACCCAAACGGCCAGCUGCACAUUGUCUACUCUGCCAACGGUAGCUGGGACAACAAAUACUGCCUCGCAGACCUUCGACUGCGAAAGGGCGGUGACCCUACGUACGUGUGGGAUUGGUACAAGUCCAACGGUUGCCUGUUCGGUUCUCAUCAGGACAGAAUGAUGAACGGUUGGGAUGCGACCCUCUACAUCGAUGGACCUGGACAUCACACAUUCGCACUUCCCAAUGGCGACGUCAACGAUAGCCCUGGGGGCACGAGCCGCAUUCCGUUCGUGUUUCACGGUGUGGAGAAGGGUACAACUUACAGCUGGGAUAAUCGUGAUUGGUUUACCGGCAGCUAUGUCUGGUGGAGUAACACCGCUUACACUCGAGCGAACGUGCCGGGAGAUACAAGUAACACGGGGUACAGCUUUAAGUUCUUUGAGUAA